AUCGGGGAUCUGUGAUGCGCCUGGAUCCCACCACAUCCGUCCUCUGCCACGGAUCGAGCUCACAGCUCCGACGUCGAUCGGCAUGUGAGCGAGGUGUCGAGAGACCGCGGCGGAGUAAAGGGGGGGAGAGAAAUACGGAAAUUGGGGGAAGGGACAAGGGACAGGGAGAGCAAUGGUGGAAGACAGGGGCCUGUGGAGGAUUUUGCGGUGAAAGUGAGGCGGACAGGGAUGCUGUGGUGGGGUCUUGUGUCUGCGGUCUGACUGUUCUCUCGAAGAACCCACUGGGCGAGGUCUGAGAAUCCCAGGCAUGCGUUUGCCUGCUGCCCCUCUUUCCCCGCCCCCUCUCUACUUAGUAUUUCCGAUUCUGUUCACGAGGAAAGUGUGCAUGGAUCCCGCACUGAGUGGGUUCUGAGCAAUCCGAGGGGUUCUUCUCAGCCACAUUGUGACUAUUCCCCGCGCCGCCUCCUCCUCUCCCUUUUUGUGCUGCUGCUUCGUCUCAUCUUGGGGGUGUGAUUCGGGAGUGGGUUGAGUUGGUGGAGCGCAAUGGAGGUCGUGGAGAGAUUCUACGGUGAGUUGGAUGGGAAGGUCUCGCAGGGCGUGAAUGCAUUGCUGGGUAGUUUUGGGGUGGAGUUGACGGAUACGCCCACUACCAAAGGCUUGCCCCUCGUUGACAGUCCCACACCCAUCGUCCUCGGUGUUUCUGUAUACUUGACUAUUGUCAUUGGAGGGCUUUUGUGGAUAAAGGCCAGGGAUCUGAAACCGCGCGCCUCGGAGCCAUUUUUGCUCCAAGCUUUGGUGCUUGUGCACAACCUGUUCUGUUUUGCGCUCAGUCUGUAUAUGUGCGUGGGCAUCGCUUAUCAGGCUAUUACCUGGCGGUACUCUCUCUGGGGCAAUGCAUACAAUCCUAAACAUAAAGAGAUGGCGAUUCUGGUAUACUUGUUCUACAUGUCUAAGUACGUGGAAUUCAUGGAUACCGUUAUCAUGAUACUGAAGCGCAGCACCAGGCAAAUAAGCUUCCUCCACGUUUAUCAUCAUUCUUCAAUUUCCCUCAUUUGGUGGGCUAUUGCUCAUCACGCUCCUGGCGGUGAAGCAUAUUGGUCUGCGGCUCUGAACUCAGGAGUGCAUGUUCUCAUGUAUGCGUAUUACUUCUUGGCUGCCUGCCUUCGAAGUAGCCCAAAGUUAAAAAAUAAGUACCUUUUUUGGGGCAGGUACUUGACACAAUUCCAAAUGUUCCAGUUUAUGCUGAACUUAGUGCAGGCUUACUACGACAUGAAAACGAAUGCGCCAUAUCCACAAUGGCUGAUCAAGAUUUUGUUCUACUACAUGAUCUCGUUGCUGUUUCUUUUCGGCAAUUUUUACGUACAAAAAUACAUCAAACCCUCUGACGGAAAGCAAAAGGGAGCUAAAACUGAGUGAGCUGUAUCAAGCCAUAGAAACUCUAUUAUGUUAGAACCUGAAGUUGGUGCUUUCUUAUCUCCACUUAUCUUUUAAGCAGCAUCAGUUUUGAAAUGAUGUGUGGGCGUGGUCUGCAAGUAGUCAUCAAUAUAAUCGGCCUGAGCACUUCAGAUGGAUUGUUAGAACAUGAGUAAAAGCGGUUAUUACGGUGUUUAUUUUGUACCAAAUCACCGCACGGGUGAAUUGAAAUAUUUCAGAUUUGAUCAAUUUCAUCUGAUUGUAUGUAUCUUA